CCAAGAUUAAUGUAACUAACAAUGGCUCCUAAUUGUAUACCUUUUAAAAUCUGCCCUAUAAAUGCCUUACCAAGCAUGAAGUUAUCCACCAGUUCUCUAAAAAUGGCAAGUCCCUUUGGUAUCACUAAUGUCCCUAAGUUAACCAUGGAAGCUGUGCAGACAGUCACACCCUAUAAGGUGACUGAUCAGCGACGAUCAUGCCGGGUAUUGGCCACGGACCCUAUUGCUUCGGGGAUAUUCAAAAGGUGUCUUCACGUUGUUCUUUACUACAAGAAUGUCAGUGAGGAGGAUUCAGGGUGGAUUUUUGCAGGUUGGGCUAAGGAGACACUAGGAAAAGCAAUUUCCAAACAGCCAAUGCUAAGUGGAAGGCUGUGGCGUGGCGAGGAUGGUGAUGGAGAGUUAGAAAUUGUCUCCAAUGAUAGUGGUGUUAGACUCAUCGAGACACAGGUCGCUGUAACUUUAUCUGAGUUUCUUGAAUUGAAAGAAAAGGAAGAAGCAGAAGCUCAACUUGUUUUUUGGAAUGAUAUUGACGAACAUAAUCCUCGGUUCUCUCCAUUAUUUUAUGUUCAGGUGACAAACUUCCAGUGUGGUGGAUACUCGAUUGGGAUUAGCUGCAGCAUUCUUCUAGCAGACCUUUUGGUGAAAGAGAAAUUCCUCACUAGUUGGGCAAACAUACACAAUAAUAUACUUUCUAGUAAUAAUGAACUCCAAAAACCCUUAUUUUACCUCCCUAAUCUUAAAAGGAAUGGUUCUUCUCCUCCUAGCAUAACUAGCUCAACUCUAAGAAAAGAUUGUGUCAAAACCAUGCAUUUCAAGGUCACUGCUGAAUAUGCAAAUUUGGAUGUUGAAACGUGCAAGUCACUUGCAUUGCAUCGUGUUGAGGAGACAGAGAGCCAACUUGGUAGCAAAAUGGAUUCAGAGUUUUAUUUGUUUGUGAAAGAAAAGGAUAUUAUUGAGAUAGAAAAGUAUCCCAAACAUAAACAUUUUAAGCCACAAUUGAGUAUCAAGACUCAAGUCACUUGUGCAGGUUGGGAUGAAUCUUUAGGGGCCAAAGAGGUAGCAUUUCGUGAAGGGAAUAAGCCUAUAAAUGUUUCAUAUUGGAUCGGGUCAGUUCUUGAUGGUCUUGUCAUGGCAAUGCCACCUCCUAAUCAGGCUACUCAUGGAGUGAACAUUUUAGUGGCAAUUCCUAACGAGAACGAACUUUAAUUAGGAUGGGCCAGAUGGUUAGAAUUUCUUAUAUCUUAAUUUGUUUAUUUAGUUGGGUAAGAAAAUGACCUGAUCUAUUUCGUAAUAUGUCAUCCUCAUCUGAGUAUGCUAUUUGUUAAAAAUUGUUUGCUAUGCAGUUUAGUUUGAACAUUGAUUUGUAAGUCUUAUGUAAUAUGUAUUUGAUUAAUAAAAGCGUGUUGUGUAUUUGAAUGAUCAAAAUACUUUAAGUA